AUGGCUGCUUUCCUGGUGCUCUUGCUGAUGCCUUGGUCCGCCAGACACCCGGGGUCGGAGGUGCCCACGUCGGGGGAUGAAGGAGGGAGUCCGAGGGAGCCCCGAGGGUCGGUGAAUGUCCGAUCGAGGGAGAUCGGAGAGGGCCCAACUUGGCGGCUCCAGAAGGUGUGCAGUCACUGCCCAGGACCACUGCAGAAUGACUCCAUCGUGGCCCAAUACUGUACAUCCCAGGUUGGCACCAAGAGUGAGGGACGCUGCUGCUGGGAACAGGACACCCAUCCAGAACGACUGCUGGGGCUGGACCUAAGCAACUGCUCUCUGGACAACCUCCCACCAGAGCUGACUGAGGCUACCACCACCAUCGUCCUGGACCUGACAAAGAACCCCCUGACACUCCUACCCAACAGCUCCUUCCUGGGCUUCACUCGACUGCAGAUCCUAGCAUUGCCACUGUCACUGAAGUGCCCAGGAGGGCACAGCGCCUGGGAGGAGGUGACGACGAACGGGACUAGUCGGUUCUGCCAGGGUCAGAGGAACUCCUGCAACAAUUCUGAGGAGCUUGCCUGGCUGUGCCCAGAGAAUGCUGCCUGUGCCCCGGAUGGCCCUGGCCUUGUCCAGUGUCUCUGCAAUAGCCCCUUCCAUGGCUACAGGUGCCUGCGUGAGGGAACAUUCCCCAUGCUGCUCUUCUGUGGGAUCCUGGGAGCUGUAACCGUGUCUAUGUCCCUCCUGCUGUGGGGCACGCAGCGUCGGAAAGCCAAGACCCCCUGAGCAGGGACAUGGGUCUGCACCAGUGCCUCUGCUGAGAGCAGCAGGUGCGGUGGGUCAUGAGGUGACCCAUACGGCAUAGGGGGCUCCAUGCCUUAGUGCGUGGCUCGCUGUGUUAGGCCUGAGGGUGAAUAAAGGUCGCAGCAUCCUCA